AUGCGCGUAUUCUGGCCGUCAGACGCUCCAAAGGACUCUGCGCCGGGCGUUCUGGUGGGGUUCAGAAACUCGAAGUCAGAUGUCUUUGUGGUAGCUGUGCUUCAAGAAGUCGAGUUGCGUCAAGUCGAGAACGCGCUGCUUGUCGGGACCUUGCUGCGACACAGCCCACACGAUGUUCAGGAACUACUUCAACGAUGCGGACACUCCUCGAUGCGCGCUUUGGGCUACGUCAACCCCAAGAGCCCAGUCGAACAGCCUGAUACCGACCUCAUCGUAGUCCAUACCGACCCCUCGUUCCGCUUUCCGCGCCUUCAUUAUCCUCACGAACCGCUCGUGGCUAUGCAAGUCAUCGUAUACGACCGACCGCACCCAACGCGUAUGCAAUACCUCUCGCUCAAGCCUAUCACGCUCGCAUUAGGAGACAAAACAAGGGUCGCGGAAUGGGAUGUAGCUUUCGAGGAGCUGGAGAAAGCAGAAGAGAAGGAGCGGAGAAGGAAGGCACAUCUCGUUGAGAAGCUCAAGCUGCACACGGUCAUUGCACACCCGCGCACUCAAAAGGAGCUGGCGUUGCCGAUGCUCAUCGAGCAGGUGAACUGUUCGCACGAAUUGAACGCCCUAUUGCAGAAAAACAUCGGUAUGAUAGGCAGGCGCAUGAAGCGAGCCUUGAGUGUCAGUGAGCGGGUCGUCGAGUCUGCGAACGAUCUCUGGGACUAUAUAUGGCUUGUCCUCCAUUAUGCGUUCAGAGUCUGGAUAUGGCCGGUAGCCGCACAACUCUUUAUCUUUGGGCUCAUCACGCAUCGCAUAAUGGGAGAGGCAGUCCUUCAGCUUCUACAUUGGCGGCCAGGUUCUUCCGACUCGCCAGCUCUGAAAGACAUAUCUGCAACAGCGCAACAGAUCGACAUACGAUUACAACAGUCCUGUUACUGGCCCAUUCAGUAUCUCACCUUACGAAGGAGGAAAAUCGAUUGGGAAAGCAUCACUAACAGUCAUCCGGAGUAUAUCCGGUUCUACAAUAGUCUGUGGCUGGUUGCCAACGAUGUCAUAAUGGGCAUCGCUGUUGGAACAUUCAUCAUCGAGAACGCUUCGUUCGUGGCAGCUCAGGUCGAUACCAUAUUCAGUACCUGGUCAGUCGACGGUCUACGGCGCAUGAUAUCAUGGCUUAUGGGAUGGCCCGGAGGCUUGAAGUUGAACACUGAACUGGCUGCGUUCCUGGGCGACCUUUUUCUUUGGGUCAUUGAUUACUGGGCGGGAUGUAUAUCACUCCUGCGGCCACAUCUACCUGCGCUGAUCCAGAUCAUUGGCUUUUCCGCUUUCGCCGGCGCCACUAUGCCCAUCUCAAUCUUCUCGGACCUCGUUUCGCUGCUGACGCUGCACAUCUAUUCGUUUUACGUCGCGUCUGCUCGCAUCUUCCAUUGGCAGCUCACCAUCAUCAUAUCCCUCUUCCAUCUUUUCCGUGGAAAGAAGCGCAACAUCCUUCGCAACCGAAUCGACUCAUGCGACUACGACCUGGAUCAGCUGUUGCUCGGCACGAUUCUUUUCACACUGCAAUUCUUCUUACUGCCAACUGUGUUCGUCUUCUACCUGACGUUCGCGAGCGCACGCAUUGCUGUCAUAGGACUGAAGGCUGCGCUGGAGAUGGGUCUUGCCUGUCUCAAUCACUUUCCGCUCUUCGCAGUCAUGUUACGGCUGAAGGAUCCUGGAAGACUACCUGGAGGAAUCUGUUUCGAGCUGCAAGACACGACCGAUGUUAGCUCUAGUACGGCAAGUGAGACAGGCUCACCGCCGACCGCCUAUGUGUUGCUGAAGUCGAUCCCGCUGUCACUACGCGCGAUGUUUCAACCCUAUUUCGACCUCGGCGAUCGCAUACGCAAGCACUACUUCUCGCCUAGCGUCUUGUUGUAUCUCGUGUCGGGGCAGUUUGUCCCACCCAUCCACCGCCGCAACUUAUACAGCUUGCAAUACAGCAUGCUCCCCGCCAACAGAGCAAGUAUAGGCGAGCUGUGGAAGAAGCUGACAGAAAGGAGUGCCACGCCAUCGCACGGGCCUAACGGGUACGCUGCAAUGCCAUUCAGGAAGGACAUACUUAACGGUAAAAGUAGAAAAGUCACAUGA